UCAAAUUGCCUCUCUCUCUCUCUCUCGCUCUCUCUCUCUUUCUCUCUCUCUCUCUCUCUCCCUGAGGAACAUGGCAAAAGCUAGUACUUCAAUGUGCCAGGAUGAGUUCAGCUGUCCAGUGUGUCUGGAUCUCCUGGACGACCCAGUGACUACUCCCUGUGGACAUCAUUUCUGUAUGAGCUGUAUUAGUAUCUGCUGGGAUCAGGAGGCCAUGAAUGAAGUCUACAGCUGCCUGCAAUGUAAAAAAACGUUCACUACAAGGCCAGAUCUUCGUAGAAACGACAUGCUGGCUAAAGAAGUAGAGAACCUGAAGAAACUUCAACCUGCUUCUUCUGGACCUGGAUAUGUAAAGUGUGAUUUCUGCAUUGAGAGCAAUCACAAAGCCACCAAGUCCUGUCUAAUGUGUCUGGCCUCCUAUUGUGAAGAACAUCUUCAACCUCAUUAUCAGUCUCCGGCUCUUAAGAAGCACAAGUUAGUCGAAGCCUGUGCAGAUCUCCAGGAGAGGAUCUGCUCUCAGCACAGCAACCUUAUCGAUAUCUACUGUCGCACUGACCGAAACUUCAUCUGCUACUUGUGUUGGAUGAAUGAACAUAAAGACCACGAUACAGUUUUAAUUAAUGAUGAAGUGAUGGAAAAACAGAAUGAGCUGAAGAAAUUCCAGAAGAGGGUCCAGAAGAAGAGGAACAUGGUGCGGAAGCUGAAAAAUAUUAUAAAUAUUCUUAAGAGGAGUUCACAGGGAGCAGAAGAUGAUAAUGAGAGGAUCUUCCAUGAGCUGAUCAGCCUCAUGCAGAAAAGACGCUCGGAGGUGACGGAGCUGAUCAGAGCUCAGAAGACAUCUCAACUGAGGCAAGCUAGAAACCUCCUGAAGAAACUGAAGCAGGAGAUUAAUGACUUCAAUAGCAGUGUCAGUGAACUGGAGCAGCUUUCAGACACACACAGCCACAUCAGCUUCCUGCAGAGUUUCCCGUCUCUCUGUGUUUCUCCUGGAUGUAACGACUCACCCAGCUUCACUGUCAAUCAAUAUCUCUCAUUUGAUGAAGUGAGGAAAUCUGUCUCAGAUCUGCAAAAACAAGUCAUGAAAAUCUGCCAGAAGGAAUUGAACAAAAUCCGUCCACAAGCUGCAGCAGUUCAGAUGAUUUUACUCCCUGAAGAGAGAAACAGAGAAGACUUUCUUCAGUAUUUUAUUCAUCUGACUCUGGAUCCCAACACGGCACAUCAUCAACUCCUUCUGUCUGAGGAGAACAGAGUCGUGACACGUGAAAGGACCACACAGCGAUACUCUGAUCACCCAGAGAGAUUUGACUCCAGGCCUCAGGUGUUGUGUAAAGAGAGAGUGUGUGGUCGCUGUUACUGGGAGGUGGAGUGGAGCGGGAUGGGUGUCUCCAUAUCGGUCUCAUAUAAAGAUAUCUGCAGGAAAGGAGGAGUUGAAGAGAGUGAGUUUGGGUAUGAAAAGCAAUCAUUGAGUCUGUGGUGUUCUCCUUCUUCUGUCUCCUUUUGGCACAACGGUAUUCCGACUGAGCUCGUAAUUCCAGCUUCGUCCAGAAUAGGAGUGUAUGUGGAUCACUGCACAGGAACUUUGUCCUUCUACAGCAUCACUGGCACGAUGAGGCUCCUCCACAGAGUCCACACAACGUUCACGCAGCCUCUGUACCCUGGGUUCAGGGUGUGUCAUUUUUACUCAACUGUGAGAUUAUGUGGUCCAAAUGUUAGUAAAAUUGUUAAGGAGGAGAAAAUGUAAGGAUUUGAUCUCCCGAAGGGGUUUAUUCUAUAGAAUAAUCUAUUCUGUAGAUCCAUGAAUUAUAUCAAUAAUUUCAAAGGAACUAGUGUACGAUUUUUGUGGAUAAUCCGUUAAUAAACAGUAACUGUAUGUACCGUGUCAGGUCACAACUGGACAUCAAUUUCACUUCCAAGCAAACACCACAUCAAUCAAAUAUGGCCGCCAAAGACUACAAUGCUUAUAUACUCCAGCCCUCUCACUCACCAAGCUACUGAGCACAGUUUUGCUCAAUUACACACACACAAUUUUGAGAAAUAUGUGGUUAGUCAAUGUUUCUGUACAACUGACUUUGCCAAGCCAGUUGUUUUGAACACUGCUAUUGUUUCUGACUUGUUUCUGUGUUCCACGUCACUGGUACUGUACACUAAUCCAGUGUUGUUUAUUUGUAGAUUGAUUCACUUUUUGUCCUUUUUUUUUUUUUUUUACUUUGAAUUAGCUUCUAGCUUUAAAUUCUGUACCUUGUCCACAAUUUUGACAUCUGAGUCAUAUUAUGAAAAUCCGAAAAAGGGCGAGCAAAGCUAAAAGCCGUAAUUUUGAAUCAUUUGAUCACCGAUGUGUUCACUGACCCCUGAUAAAUGACUAUUGUGAUCCUUUUUAGUCACACAAGAGACAAUAAGCAUGUCUUUGUGAAUUUAAUAGUAAAGUAGUGAAUUUGGUUUACUAAUAGUAAUUAAUUAGUUUUGUUGAUUAUGAUGUUGUUCGAUGAUAACAAAAUGCUAAUUAUCCAAUUUGGUCCAUAUGAAUUCUCUAAUAGGAGUUUUGUUGAAGUAGGUGCCCUCUCAUCAUACCUUACCACCAAUAUUAAAAUCUUAAGCUAGACAAUUAAAAUCAAUAGCAAAGUUAGCACCAGCUUCUCUCACCUACACCAAUUGGCUGAAGUCAAAUCAUUUUUUAAGAGGUAGCUAUGAAGCAGUCAUUCACACCUGCAUUUCCACAUGAUUCGAUAAGUGCAACUCACUGUAUGUCAGGAUACCUCUCUCCUUUAUCUCUCAUCUUCAGAUGGUUCACCACAUGGGUGGCUGCAAACACGAUCACAUCACUUCAAUUUUUAUGUUUAUCACAUGGGUUGCCAGUGCGAUACCAUAUUGAUUUUAAGAUCUUAGAAUCUUCGUGCAACCAAGAUCUCAAAUACCUCACUGACCUAAUUAUUCUUCAUAAUCCAUCCAGAUCACUUAGAUAAAGAGAUCAACAUCUCUUGUCUGUCUGACAAUCUCGCCUACAAUGGAGGUGUAAUCGAACAACCUACCUCUACGAAUUACGACUGUUUCUACGUUAACUGAAAUCAAAUCCAUACUUAAAACUCAUCUUCUCUUAUGUGCUUUCCAUGUUUUUAAGUUUAAUUUGUGUUAUUUGUUUUAUUUCUUGCUUUUUACUAUUAUGUACAGCACUUUGAUUUGAUUUUAAAUGUGCUUUAUGAAUAAAAUUUGCUUAUGUUUUUCCACUGAUGAAAUUCUGGUCAGAUGAUUUCAGGUUCUUUCCUGCAAUGUGAUUUCUCUUACAACAACAACUGUCAAACCAAGACCUGGUAGGAGCUUCUCAUAAACAUAAUUAAGUCAUGAAGUAAAUGUAUGACAUUUUAAUCAUCAAAGCAUGUAAUUCAUAAACAAA